UAAACAGAGGAGGUCCAUUUUCUCUCAGGAGGAGGAGAGUGGGAGCCACAACAGCGAUGCACACACAGAGACCCGACGGCGCGUGAGUCUCAGACCAGAGAGAGAAUUAUAAAAAAGAAACGUUUUCUUCUUUUGUGCACUCUUUAACGAUGAUGGCGUGAAAGAAAGAGAAAAAAGAGAGAAAGAUAAAGACAUGAUGAUCAGUCAAACGAGCUGCUUUUGGGAAGAGAGACUCAAGAACCACCACAAGACCAAAGAUAAGAUUCCGACAAUGACCAAAGUAUGUCCUGAAACGGAAGAGAAGAGUGUGUGUGAAGCAGUAGUAGUUCAAGCAAUUUCAGCUGACGUGAGCUUCCCUGCUAACCAGUUUCCAUCAUACAAGUUAGGACCUGAUGAUCAGAUUCUUGAUGAGCCUAAAGAAAAUGAAAAACAUCGAUCUGUUAAAGAUGUUGUGGACAAAGAAACAGGAGAUUUGUCAGAUCAGCACAAGCGUCUUUCAGUUCGUGACCUCGCUUGCAAAUUCGACAAGAACUUAGCUGCAGCUUCUAAACUAGUUGAUGAGGCAAAGUUGAAUGAGGUGACUUCAUUGGAAGGACAUGUUAUGCUAAAGAAACUUAGGGAUGCUUUAGAAUCCAUGAGAGGUCGUAUGGAUGGGCGUAACAAGGAAGCAGUUGAAAAAGCCAUCUCUAUGGUUGAAGCUCUAGCCGUUAAGUUAACUCAAAAUGAAGGUGUGCUUAUUCAAGAAAAGACUGAGGUGAAGAAACUGGCAAGCUUCCUCAAGCAGACUUCAGAAGAUGCAAAGAAGUUAGUAAACCAGGAAUGGUCGUUUGCUUGUGCUGAAAUAGAGAGUGCAAAGACUCUUGUGAUAAGACUUGGAGGGGCAUUUGAAGAACAGGAGCUUGCUUCCAAAGCUUCUCGAGCUCAGGGACCGAAUGUGGAGAAACUGGUUGAGGAAGUUCAGGAGGCUAGAAGAAUCAAACGUAUGCAUCAACCAACCAAGGUGAUGGGUAUGCAACACGAGCUUCAUGAUUUAAAGAGUCAAAUCCAAGAGAAGUCUGCAUACUCCAUUAAGCUUCAAAGAGAGAUAGCAAUAAUCAAGAGAGCUGAAGGGUCCAAGUCAUGCCCUUAUGUUCUGGAUGGUGCACAAACUCUUGGCUCGUGCUUAAGAAUACGUGCCUCCUCAGAUAAUAGUGCUUCGGAUAUUUCCAAAUGUUCAAUCCAGUGGUACCGUGCAGCAUCUGAGUCUAGUCGUAGAGAAGCUAUAUCUGGUGCCAACCAAUUAGUAUAUGCUCCAGAACCAUAUGAUGUUGGGAGGGUAAUACAAGCAGACAUUCUUUCUAACGGCCAGAAGUUCACUGUUACAACCGACGGUCCAAUUAAUACUGCUUCCGGCUUGCAAUCACGUGUUGAAUUACUCCUGCGCAAAUCUAACAGUGAAUUCACCGUGGUUAUAUCACAGAUGAAUGGGCAAGAUCAUUCAUCGCGUUCCCACGUGUUUACUGUUGGAAAGGCUAGGGUGAAGCUGUCUCGAGGAUGGAUCACAAAGGCUAGAGAAAUAUAUUCAAACUCCAUGCAGUUAUGUGGAGUGAGAGGCAAUGCUAAUGCUCCAGCAAAAGCAUUGUUCUGGCAACCAAGAAAGGGUCUAAGUUUCUUACUAACUUUCGAGUCAGAACAAGAACGUAAUGCAGCUAUUGUUCUCUCCCGGAAAUACGCAUAUGAUUCCAAUGUCACUCUGGUUGGGCCUGACGAUUGAGGACCUAAUAAUAAUGAAAGGUGUAACCAAUCUUUUCUAUCAAGUGUCCUGAAAGUUUUUUCUAAGAUUGGCGAUUUGGAGUGUUAUGUCUUUGUAUGUAGUUGAGGUUGGAUGAUUCUCUACUGCAUAGUUUGUGUGUUUGCUGCAUAGUUUUUUUAGGCAGGAAGCACAUUUUGUGUGUGUGUGUUUUUGGCAUGAUCACUAGUGUGAGGUGGUUGGCAUUUUCUUAUUUUGAUUUUGAUUGGUUUGUUUGUUGUAGUGGUUAGUUUUGUGUUUGGUCUUGCAUUGUUGCUUAGGGUUUUUAUUUUUGGGUGUGAAGAUUUGUUUGUAUGUAGUAACAGAACUGAGUUUCCUUCAUUCAUAUGAUCAAUGUAAUAAAAAUGCAAGGUAAAGA